AUGCGUCUCGAGACCUGUUACUAUUGUUCAUCGACGAUCUGGCCCGGACAUGGCAUUCAAUUCGUACGAAACGAUUGCAAGAUUUUCCGAUUUUGUCGUUCACGUUGUCAUCGGGCAUUCAAGAAGAAAUGGAAUCCACGUAAAUCACGAUGGACCAAAGCCCAUCGAAAAUUCACUGGAAAAGAUCUAACCACAGAUACGACAUACGAAUUCGAAAAACGUCGUAACGAACCAGUGAAAUACGAUCGUGAAUUGUGGCAAAAUACGGUCAAAGCGAUGGAUAAAAUUCAAGAAAUCCGUACUAAACGAGAACGUCAUCACAUUAUGAAACGUCUUCGACAAGGUACACUUGAUCGAAAAGCAGCUGACUUACGUGAAGUACGCGAUUACAUCCAUCUUGUUCGAGCACCGAAUGCAACAAAACCAAUGGAAGAAAUUGAAAUGGUUCAAAAAGCCAUGCAAAAACGUGAAGAAGCUGGCGAACUUCUCACUAAGAUUGGUACGACAGUAUCAACAACGAAGAAAUUAUCAGCAUUACGUCGUCGUGCACCGAAGAUUGAAGUUACAAUGGAAACAUCAGAUAAUGAACAGGUGCUCAAUGAGGAUAUGGAAUGA